ACUUGAUCUCGAGAUCGAGAUUUUGCACAUCCAUAUUAUAUCAAGAAAACGCAGUCUCAUUAGAUUUUAAGGUAACCAAUAAUAUGCGUAAUCUUGUUUAGGUUUACCGGUUCUAAUUAAACAUAACGCUUUUACGCCUUUGUUUACUAGUAUGGGUCAUCGCCUAACAAUGGGUAACCUGACCAUGUUGGAUUGACACCUUGUUUACGUAAUGCGCCUUUGUGAUAGUGAUGUAUCUAAUUUGUUAAGGUAUAAUGAUUCAAUGAGCCACCGCACAAGUCCAAUGGCGCGACGGCUCUAGUCUCUUCGUGAACUCAGAUCGUUGAGAACGUAUUUUUCUCUCGAAAUAAAUAUUAGUUAGAAAUUAAAUCGUGCGAACAUUAAUAACAAACAAUUUUAUUAAAGCUCAACGUUUAAAAUAUUUGUAAUAUAACUUUAGUAUUGUGAAUGAAAAACAUAUUUGUUUAGUCUAUGGAAUUUUGGAGGCAAAAUGUGAUGUGUUUGAGUGCGGCCUGAAUUUUUUUUACAGUGAUUGAUCCAAUUUGCAAGAUGUGGGCAUUGUUAUAUCUCUCGGUUGGUGUAUGUGCCGCGCACGGGCUCCGCGUGGGCGUGGGCAUCGCUGAUGUCACCGGGCCCCCAGCAGAGAUCGGCUUCAUGGGAUACGCGAACUUCGAGCAGAGCGGGCAAGGCAUUCAUUUGCGUCAGUUCGCGCGAGCGUUCGUUAUGGCCGAUGACAACAGCCGGCUUGUGUUCGUCUCCGUAGAUGCUGCCAUGAUGGGCAAUGGCAUUAGGAAAGAGGUUUUAAAGCGUCUGCAGAAGCGUUUCGGCGACUUGUACACAGAGAACAAUGUGAUACUGAGCGGUACACAUACACACUCCACACCUGGUGGCUUUCUGAUGGACUUCCUCUUCGACCUGCCCAUACUUGGCUUUGUCAAGGAGACAUACAUUGCUUACAUUGCUGGUAUACUUAAGAGUAUAUACAUAGCGCACAACAACAUGAAGCCCGCACGUCUGGAAUAUGCGGAGGGAGAGCUGCUGGAUGCCAACAUAAACAGAUCUCCCACAUCUUAUCUUCGCAACCCGCCAGAGGAGAGAGCAAAGUACAAAUACGACGUAGACAAGACCCUAGCGCAGGUCCGGUUCCUGGGCCCCCAGAACAAGGUGUUGGGGGUGAUCAACUGGUUCGCGGUGCACCCCACCAGUAUGAACAACACCAACCGUCUAAUCUCCUCAGACAAUGUUGGAUACGCAUCAAUACUUAUGGAAAAGGCUUUGAAUGGACCUAAUACUCUACCUGGAAAGGGUAGCGUGGUAUGCGCAUUCGCGUCCACAAACUUGGGAGACGUGUCCCCAAACACACGAGGACCUGUCUGCGAGUUCAGUGGAAAGCCGUGUGAUCAAAGCGCGCUCUGCGGUCACAAGGAGCGCUGCUUCGCUUCAGGUCCGGGUCGGGACAUGUUUGAUAGCACCCGAAUUAUUGCCACCAAGCUCUUUGACACCGCUAUGUCAGUUCUGAAGAAGCCAGGCGAGGAUCUGACAGGUCCAGUGGGAGUGGUGCAUCAGUACGUCGAAAUGCCCAAACAAGUAGUUUCACCUUUCGACCCGCUCACUGAUACAUUUAACACGAGCGCCAAGGUGUCGGGGUGUCUGCCGGCGAUGGGGUACAGUUUCGCGGCGGGUACAACGGACGGUCCGGGCGCUUUCGACUUCACUCAGGGCACCACCACAUCCAACCCGCUGUGGAACGUAGUCAGGGACUUUAUUGCCGAGCCCACCAAAGAAGACAUCGAGUGUCAGGCCCCCAAACCUAUACUGCUCGCUACUGGCAGGGCGAGGUUCCCGUACGAGUGGCAGCCUCAUGUGGUGUCAUGCAGCGUGGCUCGUGUUGGUGGGCUGGUGAUGGCGGCGGUGCCAGGAGAGUUCACCACCAUGUCUGGACGUCGUCUGCGUCGCCAGCUGGCUCGCGCGGCAGAGAACAUCGCACAGCGUGUCGUGCUCGCCGGACUCUCUAAUGUAUACGCUGAUUACAUCGCAACACCUGAAGAGUACCAGGCACAGCGGUACGAAGCUGCAUCCACUAUCUAUGGACCUCACACACUUGACAUCUAUCUCAACAAAUACGUUGAACUCACACACGCACUCAUUCAAGGUAGGACAGUAGACCCUGGUCCUCAGCCGGCAGACUUCAGCGAGCAGCUGAUCACUUUGGUGCCGCCAGUGCUGUGGGACGCGGCUCCCUGGGGCAAGGAGUUCGGAGACUGCCUCGUACAGCCACAGAAGCAGUACAGCCAUGGAGACAUCGUCACUGCUACUUUUGUGUCAGGUCAUCCCCGCAACAGUGUACGUCACGGGCGCUGGUACGCGGCAGUAGAACGUCUCCAGUCACCAGAAGACGACGCCUGGAUCACCAUCGCCACUGAUGCUGACUGGGAGACCAAGUACAUAUGGCAUCGCAACUCAAAGAUACUGGGUACUAGCCAUGCGGAGAUAGAGUGGGAGAUACCUGCGGGUACUCCGCCAGGUACCUACCGCCUGCAUCACUUCGGUAACUACAAGUACAUCCUCGGCGGUAUCUACCCUUACAGCGGCUUCUCUGAUAGCUUCGAGGUCACAUAAUGUGACAUCUCACGCUUUCACAUAAUCACACUUAAACCCCAUUUCCACUAGCACGACCACACAACUACAAUUCGACGAUCUAAGUCAAAUGAUGUCGCUUAGUGGAAAAAUAGUUAAUAGUUGCUUUGAGAUCACAUAAUAUAUCAUCUGACAUACUUAAACAACAUUUCCACUAAACAUUCCGUGGAAAGUUCUAUUUGCGAACGUAUGUCUAUACGUCACUGGCACGCAACUAACUUAAAAUAACUUAGUGGAAAUGGAUUUAACUAUUUUUGAUAGUCAAGGGAUUGAUACCUUAUUAAUUACCAAAAAGAUGUGGUGAAAAUAUUAUUUGCAGUCAUAAUUUAAAAACAUUACUCGUGAACGAUUACGUCAUAGACGUAAUGACGUCAUUGCAGAACCACAAUGGUUUACUUACUGUGGAUUACUGAGACUAAAACGAGAGAUUACGACUCUACUAGAUCUCAGAAACCUACGGUUAGGAACUAACAAACUUAUUCUUGUAUAAUUUUUAAAUGCAGUAGUGAACUUAGUGCCUUAUACAAAGACUUUUAAAAGAUUUCCUAAGAAAUCUUUAGAAAAUUCAAGUACAUGAAUGUCGUGUUUGCCUGUAAUUGGAUAUAUUUAAGAUUACGCUUACAUGAAACUUAUGUUUUAGAUUAUGUAUAUAUAAUUUGUUG